CACGAGGCCUGCUCAUUCCUAUGGUAGAGGAGAACCAGAAGAAAGAGGGAGAUUACAGAGACAACCUCGGCGUUUUCGUGGUCAUAGACUCUUAAUUCCUCAAAAAUCAAACCUUAGUCCAAGACAAAACUCUUCUCCCUUAACCACAUCAUCGUUUAAGAUUCCUUCCAAUAGGCAUAGGAAAUUUCAAACGCGUUAGAUCUCUGUCGAUAUGCAAAUAACACGAUGGCGAAAUUUUGUGUCCAUGAAGAAUCACAUUAUUCCAUCCCUUGAGCAUUUCUCAGCUUUUCAUUCUACUCCAUGUUGUUGUCACAAAUGGAAGAGCACUCCCGAUAUAAAAGGACAGCAACCAUCUAAGAAUCAAAUCAAAUUCGUAACUCGUCAAAAGCGCGCUGAUGCAAAAAAAGCUUUAAAAAAUCUCCUUUACAAUAGUGGAUCAUCAAGAUUUUCAUUUGAGGACAAAGAAACGAAAUGGAAAUCUGAUGGAAACUCCAAUGAUCGUUCAAAUAGCCAUCCCAAUAAAGGUCAACCAAAGUCUGGUCGACGAUUUGGUGGAAAACCACAAAAGAAAACUAAGCAAAAAAUCAGAAGAGAAAGUUUUUGUGAGGACGUUGAUGGCGAUGGCCAUCCUGAACAGAUAUUUCAGGCAACAUUCGGUAACCGAUGUUAUACCUGGUCCUACAGCAAUAUGAGGGGAUCUUCUUCUGAACAUUCCACAUACGGCUUUGAAUGGAGGGAAAAUACAAAUAGGACAAACACAAACAAGUGGAAAAGUGCAAGCGAUGAUGAGUAUGACGAUAACGAUAAAGAUGAUGAUGAUUCAUGCUUUGUAGGAUCAAGUUCAGAUAGAACUAUUCUUGGUUUGCCUCCAACAGGUCCAUUAAAGAUAGAAGACGUUAAAAUUGCUUUCCGAUUAUCAGCUUUAAAAUGGCAUCCUGAUAAACAUCAGGGCCCUUCACAGGCAAUGGCUGAAGAAAAAUUCAAACUAUGUGUAAAUGCUUACAAAACAUUAUGCAAUGCUCUCUCCCCAGCUUAGGAGGCAAGAUGGCUUUCUCAAAGCUUCCUUAAUCUCCAUCAAAGCUGGUCACUGGUGCAGCUCUAUGUAGGAUCAAAUUCAAUUGGUUGUACCAUUAUAGUAUGAUAAUCUGAAAAAUUGUAUUAUUUCUCUUUGGUAAAAAUAGCUGAUAACUAAACUAGUUUAUAGCUGAUGACGGAUAGUUUAUAAUCGAUGAUUUCGAAAGAAAAUGGUUUCUUAUAUUA